AGACAAGGCCUAUUGGCUGCAGCUGAUUAUAAUGUUUGCUUCGUCCCCUCGGGUGAUUUCCCGGGUGAUUCCCCGGGUGAUUCCCAACUAUAAUAUAGAUAGUCUAUAUAAGAAAUAAUUGUGCAUGUUACCGGUAUAUAGUAUAAUUAUACCUAGCUCGUAUAGAAAUGGCCACGUAUAUUGCAGCAAUUGUUUUGCUCUCUCUACUUCUCAUUCACUUCAACAAAGGACUUGUAACGAUUAAAUUUGAUGAGAGCCAAACAACCAUUCGUGAAAAUGAUGCUGGAGAAAUCCAUGUUAGGAUAACUGGACGGAGGCCAGAGGCCAUCAGUAUUACAGUUACGCCAAUUACCUUCAGUAAAUUCACUGAUCCUCUACCCUCGGAAUUUCUCUCAGAAUCCCUCCCAGAUCCAGCAGAGGUUGAGGACUUCAGCCAGGAUGCUAUCACCUUGCCCACAUUCGAAUUCAAUGGUGGUACUGGAGUUUUCCCUGUUGACAUCUCUCUAAUCGAUGAUGAUGUAAACGAAAGGGAUGAGGGUUUCUGGCUUUUGAUUGAGGUGCAGAAUCAACAUAAUAUAACAAUUGAGAGGAGUGGAUUAGCUCUUGUUAUAAUCAAAGAUAAUGAUCCCAUCAGUAUUGGAUUUGCUCUACCAGUGUACGAAACAAUCGAACAAAAUGGGCUGGUUGACGACCUCGUGUUUAUCGUGAAGGACGGCAAUGUGAAGUCUGAGCAGGUGCUUAAAGUCAUCGUCAUGGCUACAUCUGGUUCAGCUGAUAUGGGGGUCGACUUCUUGACUUCACGUCUGACUGAGUUGGUGUUCCAACCUGAAGAUGAGGCGGUCUCAUUCCCAUUCCACUUGUAUGAGGAUCUGAUUCUAGAAGAAGUAGAGAAUUUUCCACUGUUUUUAUUGUUGAAUGAGAGCCAACCAGGACUGUAUUUGGAUGUUGCUGUGGUGAUAAUUCAGGAUAAUGAUGAUGCAGAUGUUAACGAGUGUGCUGAUCCAAGCCUCAACAGCUGUUCCUCCAACGCCAUGUGUAUCAACUCACCAGGAGGCUUUGACUGCUCUUGUCCCCUCGGCUUUGUUGGUGAACCCACAGUUGACUGUCAGGAUUUAGACGAGUGUGCCCUAGACAUUCUCAACAACUGCCCUGACAACUCUGAGUGUAAUAACAUACCUGGAUCUUUUACCUGUACCUGUACAACUGGUUUUAUUAUGCAAGGCAACUUGUGUGUGGAUAUCAAUGAGUGUGCACAAAGCCCAUGUGCCUCCAUUGCGAUGUGUGUCAACACAGACGGUAGCUUCACCUGUUCCUGUCCUCCUGGGUUCACUGGAGAUGGAAGUACUUGUACAGAUCGCAAUGAGUGUCUGGAUCCAUCUCUUAAUCUCUGUACUACAAUUUCCACGUGUGUUAAUAACAUCGGGAGCUAUAGUUGUAUGUGUCCGAAUGGAUACUUUUCCAGUUUUGACAGAUUUGGCUGUAAUGACAUUAACGAGUGCUUGUGGGAUAUACUGAACGAUUGCUCCUCUACUGCCGAGUGUAGCAACCUACCUGGCAGUUUCACCUGCUCUUGUCUCCCUGGGUUAAUUGGAGAUGGAAGAACCUGUGAAGAACCUCCCACCACCCCUACCCCCACAACCUCCGCCCCCACAUCCUCCCCUGGAGAGUGUAUGAUGGACAGUGACUGCGGUGACCGGGCCUCUUGUCAAGACGGGCCCUUUGGUACCACCUGUAUCUGCAACAAUGGUUUCUAUGGAGAUGGACAACAUGCAUCGAUAUCGACGAGUGUACAGCUGGGACGGACGAGUGUGGUGAUGACUCUACCUGCCUCAACAAUCUGGGUACUUACUUGUGCCGAUGUAACAGAGGGUUCAAAAAAGGGAGCUCGAGAUUUGAGUGUGAAGACAAAAAUGAAUGUGUUGCCUACCCAACUAUAUGUGGCUCACAGAGGCAAUGUGUCAACACUCCUGGUAGCUACCAAUGUGUCCGGGAUGAAGCCACCCCUCGUAGCAGAAGGACGAAACACACGAAGAGGAUAAAGAGGAAGAAUGCCAAUGGUGCCAAUGAUGCCAAUGAUGCCAAUGAUGAGGACGAGUUAAUAGAGUCAACGGGGUCAACAAGGUCAACACGAAGGAGUGGACGUGGAAGAUCUGGUACGAGGAACAGAGAUCAGAAUGACGAGAGUUUAGAGUCCACCAGUACAAGAAGUUCAAGUAGUUAAGGCUCACGUUCUUCAUCAAUUAAGUAGUUCAAGCAGUUCAAGUUAACUUUAUAAUACAGACUGACAAUUACUGCACCAAUUGUGCAUUAACUUUACAAAACUUAUGCUGUGUUUAAUAUAAUAUUAUAUCUUAAUUUGAAUGUCA